AUUAUGGCUUGUUUGUCUCUGUUUUUGUUUGCCAUUGUGUGUUUCUGUGUCUGUCCAUUUGCUUGUUUGUUUGUUUGUGUUUUUUGUAACAAAAAUUUGUCAUUCCGGUGCAUGUAUGAGUCAGUGGGGGAUCCAAAUGGAGGUUCCGGUUUUGUGCUAAAUAACUUAUUAAUAUUAACUAAUUGAUAGCAAUCUAGAGUCAAAUACAUACAGCAGAGAGUCAACUGAAAAUGUCAAGAAACACCAAGUCUGGAUCAGGGGGUCAUGUAAUAGGGGCUAGAGUGGGCUCAACCCCUCACUUUUGAGGGGUGUGUCUAGAGUAUGCUACUACCAAUAUAACUGGAAGGCAAAUCAGCCCCCACUUACACACACGCAACGUCCUUGUUUAGAUGCCCUCUGAGGCUCGUGUGUACACUAAUUUGGAAGACUUGUCAUCUGUUGUAGAACUCGUGGAUUCAUUCUGACUUCUGUACAGUUUUCAUUGUGUUAUACAUCCAUUUUGUUUGUAAGCAUGUGUAACAAAGUCACCAAGCAGACUUACUACGCGAGUCUCAAAGGGUGUUUCCACAGGAAAUGCUGGAAUCCUCUGGAUCUGUCACUGUAUGUUUGAUUGUUAUAUGUUUUUAUGUGUUUGUAUGUGUUUGUAUGUCAAUGGUUGCGUAUUGAGUAGUUUGAUGAAUUUAUUGGCUUUGAAUGCAAAAGUACGUGUUGGUGUAUCAAUUUGCUCAACGAUGUUUCGUUUAGAUACAAUUGAAGUGUCUGUAAAGGCUGACUGUCUGGCUGUUGAGUUGCUACUGAAAGCACUCGACGUGCCGUACGCCAUACAAAGACAUGAAAGACACAACGCAGAGCACAUGAGCGUGUCUGGAGAGUUGCCAAUACUGAAGGUGGAGAACGAAAUCUUGGAGGGAUUUCAAAGCAUUCGAGCUUUCUUUAAGUCACAAGGUCACUGUUUAUGUGAUAAAGCUCAUCUGGAUGAGAGUCAACAGUCGGAAGUGGAGGCUUACAUGUCGCUCAUACGCAACACAAUACAGACAGCAGAGAUGUACAUGACAUGGACAAAUCAUGCAAACAAACAGAUGAUGAAGAAGCUUUGUGGAAGAUUCUAUCCAUUACCCCUGAAUUAUGUGGUGCCGUGGUUGAAAGGUCGAUUAGCAGCAGAACAGCUGAGGGCAAGAGGAUGGAUUGAUAGGAGUCAACAUGAGGUGUGUGAUGAAGUGUCUCGUGUAUGUUGUGGUUUGCAAGCAAAACUUGGCUCUCAGAAGUACUUCUUUGGCAACAGUGUGACAGAGGUGGACAUGUUGCUAUGUGGCCAUGUACGAGCCUUGUCAACAGAAGACCGGCUACCUGAUGUCUUUCUCUUACCUGUUGUACAAACAUAUCGACAACUAUUGACACUCACCGAUACAAUUGGCAAUAGUGAACAUGAAUAUUAGCUGGUAUGAAAAUUGGUAACGGAUGGUUGUAGUUAAUCGACAUGCAGCGAUGUCUUAGCCUCGUACGAGACCCACAGCACGAGGAAAGGGUUUGGUACGAGGCUAGCGAUGUCUAUAGACAGUAGUCUAUCUGUGAAAUGGAAAGAAAUGGAAAGAAAGGAGAGAGUAGGACCACUAGUUUCAUACAUGGUGCAGGGAAUUAAUUAAGAAGUGGACAAGUCAAUCAAAGUGAUAAUUUAUUACCAAAUUUAUUUAAUUAAUCACCUUAAGUCAUAUACAUAAGUUGCAACAGAAGUUUGUGCCAAUGUGCAGCUGGCAAAAAUUGACUCUCUGAAUGUCCAAACUGAUUGCUUCCAAACCCCUUGUAACCCUAAUAACGAUGCACCCCACUAUGUAAAUCCACCAGCAAGGAAUUUUUGAGCCCUGAAGGAUACAUGCUGAGACAAGACGAUAACCAUAGAUAUUACCAAAACAACAUGUUUAAUCACUAUGUUGUCUGCUGCAACAAUGACACUGUCUUGGACCAUAUGCAUGCAGCAAAUCAAACGUCUGGUGUAAAGCUGACAUUCGAUU